AUGGGGUCGGAGAAGGAAAUACCUUUAGAUUCCAGCAGAAUCCGUCUUGUUCCCUGGGGUUGGUCUCACGGACCAAACAAAGGACUUGUUGAAGUUCGACCGGCCGACAGUUGGACUUGGGGCGGAGUCUGUGCUGAACACUUCGACCUAAGGGACGCAGACGUUGUUUGCAGGAUGCUGGGCUAUAUCUGGGCAAACGACUUUUAUGACACAGGUAAAGUGUACGGUGAACAAGGGCUGGCCUACAUGGCUGACCUACGGUGUGAUGGGAACGAGAGUAGCCUGUUUGACUGCUCGUACGCAGGAUGGGGGAUUCACGGCUGUCAAAAUGGCGUAGUUGUCUGUGGUACAUUGAUGAACAGAAUCCGUCUCAUCGGUGGUUCCGGUCCCAACGAAGGACGCGUGGAAGUCCGACCAGAGGACAGUAUGACCUGGGGCACAGUUUGCCACAACCGUUUCAACAUGGACGAUGCAGACGUUGUUUGCAGAAUGCUGGGUUAUCCUAACGCUACCCAGGUUCAAAAUGAUGCAUAUUUUGGCCAAGGAACAGGACCAAUCUACAUGGAUGACCUACGAUGUGAUGGUAACGAGACCAGCCUCUUCAGCUGCUCUUACGCAGGGUGGACGAUUCAGGACUGUGAUCAUGGCCAAGACGCAGGCGUGGUCUGUCGGAUGAUUGUUUCAUUUUCAGAUUCCAGCCGAAUCCGUCUUGUAGGAGGUUCCGGUCCAAACGAGGGGCGUGUGGAAGUCCGGCCGGCCGACAGUUACAGAUGGGGCACAGUUUGUCACAACGGUUUCGACUUGAAGGAUGCAGAAGUUGUUUGCAGGAUUCUGGGCUAUCCGAAUGUAUAUGGAGUUCGCCUUGGUGCCCAUUUUGGCAGAGGAACGGGACCGAUCUACAUAGAGGACCUACAGUGUGAUGGGACAGAGAGUAGCCUGUUUAACUGCUCGCACAAGGGAUGGAGGGUUCAUGACUGCGACCCGUGGCAUGAUGAAGACGUCGGCGUUGUUUGCG